UAAAGUUAGGUUAGAAAGAGACGAACAAUCGAGCACAUGCUCUCGCAAAGUUUUAACCGUGAUUUCAAUUGUUAAAAAUUCGACAAAAAAGAAUUAUCACUUUUCAACUCAUUGUUUAGAAUUAGAAUAAAAUUCAGCACAAAAAUGUUUAUCAGAAAGGUUAUGUCUACCGCUACGAGACAAAUUAGACAAAUUCAACAAAUUAAUAGAAUAAGUGGGAUAAGAUUAAUGUCAGAAAUGGCUGAAAGUGUACCACAAGAAGAACAGGAAUUGCAGAAAAUAGAGAAAAGUAUAAAUCAAGUAACAUUGCUUGGAAGAUGUGGAGGUGAACCACAAAAAAGAGGAAAUGAUAAUCAUCCUGUUGUUACAUUUUCAGUAGCUACGCACACAAAUUACAAAUAUGACGAUGGCAACACAGUGCAACGAACAGACUGGCACAGAAUUGUUGUAUUUCGUCCAAAUUUACGUGAAUCAAUUUAUCGUUACAUGAGAAAAGGACAAAGAGUUCUCAUUCAAGGGAAACUCUACUACGGUGAAGUUAAAGACGAAGAUGGUAAACCAAAACCAACAACAUCAAUUAUUGCCGAGGAUGUCGUUAUGUUCCAAACAUAUAAGGAAUAAAUUUUUUCAAAAUUGACAACAAAAAAUUAUACAUAAAUUAUAAUCUAAUUUUCAACAAGUUUAUCUUUAUAUAGAAAAUUCUUAAGAAAAGUAAAAAAAAUCCAAGACAAAAAAAAUUACAAAAAUAAUAAAAAAUGCUAUCAAUAACUUGUUUUACAAAAAAGACAAUUUAGUUUUGUAAAUUAAACAUUAAAAUGUAGUUUUCAUUCGUUUAAAAAAAAAAUAGUAGUUGGAAUAAAGGAAAAUAAAAAAAAAAUUAUA